AUGGAUACUGAAGGUAGAGGUACUCCUUCUAUGCCAAAAGAAGAAGAACAGCUGUUGGAAGAACAAGCAUCAGGUCAAGUCGAAGAAAUCGAAGAAGAUGAUAACCAAUCACUGAAUUCUAUGAAGGCUGUUGUGUCCAGGAGCUCUAACAAGAUGGAGGAUGAAAGUGAGGAAGUAAUUGUGAAGGAUCCAGUGUUGGAGAGGUACCAUGGAGCGUGUAAAGUUGGUGAUUUAAGGACGGUACGAGAAAUGGUGGAAUCGAAAGUGAUCGACUUGUCGAAGGAUUACGAUGAGAAUGAGCGUAUUUCUGGGCUUCAUUGGGCGUGUAUUAAUAACAGGCUCUCUGUGGUUAAAUAUCUAGCCAGUGCUGGCGCGGAUGUGAACUUCCAAGGUGGUGAUUUGGACGCGACACCAUUGCACUGGGCAUCGAAGUCAGGUUUGGUGUAUAUUGUCGAUGCAUUGCUUCAGGCUGGUGCGGAUCCACAUAUCACCGAUAGCCAGGGGUACAAUCUAUUACAUACGAGUGUUUUCUCCUCUAAUAUCAUGCUGGUGAUUUACGUUCUUUUCUUUGUUGUUGACGGUACAGAUGACGUUGAUCAACCGGAUCCACACUUCAGAACGGCAUUGCAAUGGGCUGCGUAUCAAUCGGAUACAUUGACAGUCGAGAAUCUCUUGAAAUUCAAUGCGAAUGUGAAGAAAGCAGACGAGACUGGAUUUACGGCGUUACAUUGGGGUACAGUCAAAGGUAACAUGUACGUAAUGGAUCUUUUGAUCAAGUACGGCUCAGAUUUUUUCCAAACCACCAAUGACGGUAAGAACUGCUUCACGAUAGGCAAAGAGUUAUACUCGAUCAAGAGCUUGGAGGAUGCUUUAUACAAAAAUGGGUUCGAUAAGAACGGAUUCCCCAUGAAGAGAUACUUUACUCCGACUGCUGGUAAGCUUAUAACAUUUUUCUUGCCUUAUGUGCUGCUUCCUGCCGUAUUAUUCAUCUUUGCUCAUGUGACGUUUGUUGUUGCCUUAUUAAUAAACACCGUAAUUCUCACACUUUGCGGAUUCGCUUUGACGAGGUUUGUUAUCCCAUCGUUCUUGCUUUCCAAGAGAAAUUCGGUAAUGAAGUCUCCAUUACUAUCAGGGAUUUUAUCAGGAACCUUCACAUUGUGCCUGUUUGUUUGGAUAAUCAAGAUUGCCCCAUUAACCUUUACUGAAAAACCGUUAACCAAUUUGUGCAUGAUGGUCUUAAUGUAUGUAUUGAGCUUUACAUUUGGCAUGCUUCUAAGAUCUAACCCUGGCCAGAUUCCAGCAACCACGGAUCACGACGAAAUUAGGAAAACCAUAAAGGAGCUUUUGUCAUUGGGGAAAUUUGACACCAAGCACUUCUGCGUUCAUACAUGGACUAGAAUACCACUCAGAUGCAAGUACGACAGGGACACAUCGUCGUUGAUCUCCAGAUUCGACCAUUUCUGUCCCUGGGUUAACAAUAGAAUCGGUCUAUUGAACCAUAAGAUAUUUUACAUGUUUGUUGUGCUGCUCGAGAUAUCCAUAUGGGUUCUGAUACCAUUGAUCAAGGAGUAUUUUGAUGAGUUAGAGGACUAUUUAGAGGACAAGAAGGGCAAACACUUCUCGAAGGAAAAGUGUCGUCUAUUGGGUGACGACGACUUAUGUUUUGGUAUGAGGAACGACCCAUUCACAUUCUUGACGCUUUGCUGGAUUACAUUCCAAUCUGUAUGGGUCUUGUUCCUCAUUGGGGUACAAACGGUGCAAUUCCUAAAGGGGGUCACCGAUUAUGAGUUCAGUCAGUUGAAUAAGAAACUUCGCAGACAUGGCGCCGGUUCCACCACAGAGGAAUUUUUCAGUUCGACGCCUCCAGAACUACUAAGCGAAGAACUUCUCGCUGAACUAGACGCCCCCGCGCUCGACCCAAGACGUGUGCCACAAAGAACUUGCUUCACGCUAUGUUCUACUGUGUUGGGUCUCGAUAAAGCCAUGAUCAUGUUCAAAUCGUUGCUCCGUUUAAACAGAGGCGAACAUUCAUCAAUGUCGUCUACAGGUCUACAAGACAGUCCUCUCCUGAUAAUACCCACCGAUUACGGCUGGAAACAGAAUGCCAAGGACUUCUGGUUGCUCUGUGACACUACGCUUCCGCUUUGGAGAAGAAUAUUGUAUCCACCCAAAAACAGCCAUGCUCUUUUGAACGGCAAGGAAGUGGACUACUACACAUUAUACAACCUCCCAGAUGCCAUGGAACGUGUGGCAUAG